AUGGGUUUGGAGCUGUCAACGGGAUGGGGGAAGGGGCUUGAGGUAAGAGGGGGGAGAAGAUGGAAGAAGAGGCGAGAUGUCAGAGUGAUCCGGGCCCAUGCCCAGCCCGGCCCUCCUGUCUUCGAGUCGCGGCCCUUGAAAGCCGGAAUCAGGACAUUCUCGGCCGUUUUUUUGCUUUUUUUAAAAUCAUUGCUUGGAGUGCAUAUUUGCAUUUGUUUACAAAUUUCAUUGGACCACGCCGCGGCGUUGUCCCCGUUUCAGGAGACGGUUUUGGUUUAGGCCCGUUUUUUGAUGCUUAGAUGCUUCAACAAGAAGUUCGAAAUGAGCCCAGCAGGAUGGUUGAGGGAAAAGAUGGAUAAGAGCCGAGGUGAUGAUGGCCCGCCUAUCAAUUAUGGAUUGCGACAGAAAUCCAUCUAUCAAAUCUCGGAACUAUUUUUUAUUUGGGGGCGACAUUAAUAAUAAUGUUAUUAGAUGCUAGCACGUUGACUAACCUCUUAAUCUUUAAUUCCAGUAUUAAAAUUUUUUGCCAAAAGUGUAAUAAUUACUUUCUAUUUAGCUUUUUGACAUUACACACAUCAUUCAAUGCCCUGCCGAUACUUUCUUAAUGUACCUACAUUUGAUUUCGUGAAGCGUAAAUCCGAUGAUCAACACCGUUUUUCCUCCCACUCUCAGGCAGUCCCGCCUUUUUUCGGUAGACUCCGGAACCGGCGCUGGCUUCGGAAGUGACCCGGUGCAUAAAAAAACUCAAUUUUUGAAUUUUACGCGGUUUUUCCCACCUCGGUCUAAAUCAUGGAAGCGUGUCUUGAGUUGUUUUAAAUUUUGUUCUCGAGUUAUUUAAAUGAGGCAUUGUGCCUUUCCGACCCGCUGCCGCACUUACUUCUUCCAGAAAAGUUAACCCGGCAAUUAGUUGGCUUUGACUUUUUUGGCGCCAAAGGCAAGGGAUCAAAAGUUUUCAUAUUGUUCUCGGCCGCACUUGAUAUGUUGUUGAUGGGCUGCUCUUCAUCGCGUACUUUCAGAGACGCCCUGGAUUUGAAGACAAGGCCACCCAGAACACCGGCUUUGCAAAUCCUCCUCCAAACGGGGCGAUGAGGCGGACGGAUUGGUCUCAGUUCCUGCUGGUCUUAAUCAUGCUUCUAGUGGCUCCGGAAUCCGCUCAACGUGCCACUGAAGCCCCUGCCGAAAUCUCUCACAAACAUCGUUCGAAAGGUUUGCUCAAAGUUUGCAACUUUUCUUUUUUUGAACUUCUUGCUUCGAACGUUUGUGUUCUCAUCUCACUUCCUUCCUCUUCCUCAUUUCUCAGCACUCACGUGAUCUCGGACAUUUCGCAAGUCUGGUUGACGUAGCGGUUGACCGUUGGAUAAUGUGCGCAACUUUUGGCACUUUGUCGAUUUCAGUCUUAUCAAUCUUGUAACGUGGCCAAUUUAAAUUAAAAGUCAGAGAUUGGUCAGCGGGAUGUCACUCAGCUCAACGACAGAUCCAGGGCCCUUUUUUAAAUACGAGGAGAAACGAAAAGUUUGGGGAAUGCCUCAGGCUUUUCACCAGAUUUACAUAAUCUUUAUGUCAUUGCGGUCUUGCGAAACGUUUUUUCCGGUAGAGCAAAGUCGAGGAUUUCAGCCAAGCUUGGUAUGAUGACAUUAAAAAGGGUUCAAGUGCAUUGGAAACGGCUGUAAGGGAUCUGGGGAUCAUAAGUAUCCGAUUUCAUUCUCCCUCCUAGACAUAUGUUUAGAUGAUGUUUCUGCUCAUCAAAGUCAUAAACUUUACAGAAUGUGACAAGUGUGAUCUUCGUUCUUCGUAUUGUAAAACAUGGGAUGAUGGGAAUUACACUUGUGAAUGCAGAAACGGAUUCACGAGGAACGUAAUCACGGGGAAAUGUGUCAUUCAAGGAGAUGUUGACGAGGAACUUAAAUUGUACACAGAAAGUGGAGACCAAUGCAUUUUGGGACAGGCAGAAAAACACGCCACUCGGUACGAAGCUGACAUCAAAUGCAAUGAAUACAAUUUUAGAAUACUCACGGGAAUUCUGCAAAGGUACGACCGAAAUCUGGUCCCCAAAAUCUCCGGAGUGGAUGUUGACGUGGAACUGUUGAUCCAGAAAGUAACAGAGAUAAAUGAAAUCACGUCAUCUUCAAAGAUGGAUAUCCUUUUCUCACAGAUAUGGCAUGACCCUGGUCUUUCAUUCGAACAUGAAGAAGGAGCCCAAUGUGUGGCCAAUCUCUCGUUAUCCCAUCGAAUGGUCGAGAGUAUCUGGCUUCCCAAUGUGUGUUUGGUGAACUCCAAAGCAGCCGGAGUCCAUUCCUCACCUACUCCUAACAUAUUCUUGGCCAUUUUGCCCAACGGAACAAUCUGGAUGAAUUACCGAAUUGUUGUUGAAUCUCCCUGCACCUUCGAAUUCACUACUUUCCCGGUAAGAACACUAGUAUUUGUCUUACUUGAUAUUGUCAUGACGAGCUAGGUUUUGUUAUGACAAUAGCCUGACGAUUCUGAAUUUCUCCCAUUCAUCCCGAAGAUGUCUAUAGAUGUGACAAUAAUUAAUAAUUAAUUAAUGGAAGAACUCGGCGAAAAAUACAUUCAGGGGACUUUCUGCAUGACCUGCAGAUGAUAUCCCGCAAUUGUCAUUCCAUGUUUAUAACAGUGUAUUAUUGAAAUGAAAGAAGACUAUCAAAGAUUUGCACGUUUUUCUUCCAGAUGGACCAAGUCGAAUGCACUACUGUCUUCGAGAGUUACUCUUUCAAUGUUGGGAAAGUGCGACUAUUCUGGAAACGACAAGGAGUACCCGUUGAGAUCAUCGGUGACAUUAAUCUACCCGACUUUAUGAUGACUCACUUUGUCCAUGAGAAGGCCACAUUCCAUUAUCCAGCUGGUGUUUGGGAUCAAGUAAGUUGGGGUGCAGUCAGUUGGUUCUUCACAAAUAUUAUUCUUGGCCAUGUAAUCAAUCAAAUUCCCGUCCGUCAAUCACCUCCGAAAUUCGAAAUGACAAGCGCGAAAGAUUUCCGAUUAUUUGGCAUGUGCCGGCGAUUUUAAAAAUCUUUUUUUUCGAAAUUUCAAAGUCAUAAUUGUAAAGGUAAAUGGUGCUCAAAGAAAUACAGAAUGAAUGAUUUCAGUUGAGUAUUAAAAUCUUCUUCCGGCGUUCCUUUGGUUUCUACAUUCUUCAAAUCUACAUGCCCACAUAUUGUAUGGUUUUCAUUUCAUUUAUCUCUUUCUGGCUGGACCGCCGGUCCCUGCCUGCACGGGUCACUUUGGGCGUAUCAUCUCUGAUGGCCCUCACUUUGCAAUACAGUAAUAUUGCUCGAUCUCUCCCUAAGGUAAGUACUUUUUUAAUCUCACAUUUUUGAUGAUUCUUUGUCUAAUCCUUCUUCUUUUAGGUCAGCUAUGUAAAGGCCGUUGACGUUUUCUCCUUUGGUUGUUUGGCUUUUAUUUUCUUGACUGUUGUUGAAUUGGCUGUUGUUGGAUCGUUGGAAAAACGCAACUUCAAAAGAGAUCUCUCUCAACCGGUUGAAUAUUUUGAAACGGGUAUUGUAUCGAAUAAAGAUUUGGCACGGCGAGCGUUCCAAAAAGCUAUCGGGGAACGACAGAGCAAUCCAGUAAGUUAUCUUAUUCAUCUACAUAAAAGGCAGUUCAUCAAAAAAAACCAUCACCUCAUUAUAGAGAUAUCGUGUCCGCCGAGUUGAUAGUAAUGCCGGUGCUUCCACAGAAUGGAAGAAGAGCACUUGGGCCAACCUCGAGGAUGCUACCUUUGUGGAAUGCCCUCAAACGGAUACUACUGGUGACAUUCCCGCACCUAAUUCACCCUCAGCUCGAUCACUUCCGGCCUCCCGAACUGGAACCAGAGGCGGAUCUUUCUGGAAAAAGUCAUUCCGAAGAAAAGGUGCCGUCAAGGCUAUCACACCAAAGCUAUUCGACAAAUGGACCGGGGAAGACUUGGAUAGGUUGGCAUUAUUACUGUAAACCGCAUUUCUUUAGAUUCUGCCAGAAACUGUUCCCAAUCACAUUCGCCGUUUGCAACCUCAUCUACUGGUUAUACCUCUCCGCCAAAUCUCGAUAA